CUGUUGGUUGUCUUCAUAUGUCUGUUAACCUGGGGCUCCCCAGGAGUUUAUGGGUACUUCUUGAGGAGCUCCUCCAGGUGUAUGCUCAUUCCAAGAAGUAUGGCCUUGUGCUACGACAUUGGAUAUUCAGAGAUGCGCAUCCCCAACCUGCUGGAACACGAGACUAUGGCAGAAGUGAUCCAGCAGUCUUCUAGUUGGCUGCCCUUGCUAGCCAGAGAGUGCCACCCAGAUGCCAGAAUCUUCCUCUGCUCACUCUUUGCACCUAUCUGCUUGGACAGGUUCAUCUACCCCUGCCGCAGCCUGUGUGAAGCUGUUAGGAACAGCUGUGCUCCAAUCAUGGCUUGCUAUGGCUACCCAUGGCCUGAAAUCCUGAACUGCAACAAAUUCCCUGCAGAUCACAACUUAUGCAUUUCAACAAUCACUGAUGAAACCACUUCGAGCAGGAGAACAGUGCCCCGAGCCAGCUGUAGGGACUGUGAGCUCGAGGAAGCCAGCACCGCCAAGGAGAUACUGGAAAACUUCUGUGCCAAUGAUUUCACUGUGAAAAUUAGAAUCUCCAGGAAGAACAUGACCUCCACCAUCUCUGCUUUUGACCUGGAUUCCAAGCUGGAGGUUUUGAAGCAUGGCCCCCUCCUCCGGGCGGAAAUCCACCCAAGACUGCAGCACUGGCUGGACCUAGAUGCCACCUGUGUUCACAACAUCAUGAGAGGUACACACACAGGAGUCUAUGUCAUCAGUGGAGAGGUGCAGAAUGACAAGGUGGUCGUAAACAAGGCCUAUGCAUGGCACAAGAAGAACAGGAACCUGCAGCUGGCUGUGUGGCGAUGGAAACAUCACCGGUGCCGAGCAUAG